AUGGCCUUCUCAGCCCACCUCGCAGACGAAGAUCUGAAAGAAACCUUCGAACUCCCCGACAAAAUCGACCAAAAAGCCAAAAAACUCGCCGACCUGAUUCACAAAAGCACCCACUUCAUCGUCUUCACCGGCGCCGGCGUGAGCACCGCAGCAGGCAUCCCCGACUUCCGCGGACCCCAAGGGAAAUGGACGCUCGAAGCCCAAGGCAAACGUGUCACCACGAGCUCGGAAUGUACUCUCCAAGCCAUCCCCACCCCGACCCACAUGGCUCUUGUAGCACUCCAAGAUUCCGGCCACCUCAAACACCUCGUCAGCCAGAACUGCGAUGGUCUGCACCGCCGUAGCGGGAUCCGGUCGGAGAUCAUCUCCGAGCUCCACGGAAAUAGUAAUCGCGAGACCUGUCGCCGGUGCGGAACGGCUUACCUCAGGGAUUUUCGCGCCGUGGCUAGUCAUGAGAGGACGGUGUAUAAUCACCGUACCGGCCGGAAAUGCACUUUAUGUCGGGGGGAGUUGAUGGAUACUCUGGUUCAUUUCGGCGAGGAUCUGCCUGAGGGGACGAUGGGGCGUGCGAGGGCUCAUGCGGAAAGGGCGGAUCUGUGUUUGGUGUUGGGGUCGAGUUUGAGGGUUACGCCUGCUAAUAGUAUUCCGGAGGUGGUUGGGAGGAGGAGGGGUGGGAAGUUGGUGGUUUGUAAUUUGCAGAUGACUCCGCUUGAUGGGUUGGCGAGUAUGAGGGUUUGGACGAGGGCGGAUGAGCUUAUGGUCAGGGUUAUGGGAUACUUGGCCGUGCCGAUACCAUCUUUCAUCUUGACGCGACGGCUGGAGUUGCGGACGGUGAAGAAGCCUAGAGGGUUUCAGGUCUCGGUGCAGGGUUUAGAUGUCGAUGGUACGCCGGCUUCUUUCCUUCGAAGCGUCAAGGUGGAGAGAAGGGUUGGCAAGGCCGAGCCGUACAGUUUUGAAGUCAGGGAGAAGUUGCUGCCGGACUCUGGUCUUACCCUGUCGUUGUCCUUCAUGGGCCACUAUAAUGAGCCGGACCUGGAGCUGAGGCACCAGUAUCGGUCGGGAGAGGAUGAGCGAAGUUGCUAUACUUUGCAGUUCGACCCAUCGAGCGGUCAGUGGACUACAGAGCUCGAAGCUGGCCAGUCAGCGGCUGCGAAGGGUCUGUCUAAUAUGGCGAUUUGA